CGUCAACCUUCCAACUACGCAACCAAGACAACAAAAAAAUUAUAAUCAUAAAAUCCCACAAACAUUUGCCAAUCUCAAUGGCAGACAAAUCUGCAUCUCCUCGCGCCCCACGAGGCGAUUCACCGCCCCCUCGCAAACGGAGUAGAAGCGACGAUCGAAGCCAAUCACCACAUAGCCACCGCGACAGAUUAGACAGAGAUAACUACAGAAGAAGCGACAAUUAUCGAUCGCGGGAUGAUGAUAGGAGUCGGGGUACAAGAUACGAGCCUGGGAGAACCCGAAAUGAUGAGAACAAAGACGAUCCCGACCGGUUAGGACGAGACGUGGAAAGACGACGUGACAAUCGCGGGGAGAGAGACUCAGACCGGAGAGAUACAGAUAGGAGUGAGGGCAGAGAUCGAGACCGGCCCAGACCAAAGAAGAGCUUUGGGGGCUUUAAGUUUAAGGAUAAGCGUCGCGAUGAAUUUGAAGACAGAGACGAUGACCGACGUGGUGGCUCAUUCAGAGGUUACCGAAACCGCUCACCAUCCCCACGUCGCCGAGAUCGAGAUCGGGACCGUGAUCGCGAACGUGAUUCGGGAGCAUCUUCGUCUACUAAGAAAUCAAAGUCAAAAUCUACCGGCGGAGACACCUCCCAGCCUCCUGUUCGAGCACCCGCAGCUCCCUCCGGCGGUGGCGAAGAAAUGAUUAUCGUCCAUAUCAACGACCGACUGGGUACCAAGGCAGCUAUCCCAUGCUUUGCUUCGGAUCGCAUUAAGGAGUUCAAAAUUAUGGUCGCGGCGCGCAUCGGUCGAGAGCCCCACGAGAUCUUGCUCAAGAGACAAGGACAACGGCCUUUCAAAGACAUGCUUACGCUUGCCGACUAUGAAAUUAGCAACGGAGUCCAGCUCGAUCUGGAAGUCGACACUGGUGAUUAAGCAGGGGGUUAAGGAGAAAGUUAUACUACUGUUAUUGUCAUGAUAGGUCGUCGAGUACAAGCACGGAUAUGCUUGUGCUAUCAACCAGCGAUGUAUUUAAUGAGAGCUUGAUACACACCUAGUAAUCCAAAUACCCAGGGUCAGUGCCGGAUGGGGCCUUGUCUUCAUUGCUACUGCAUUCUAUAGUAUCGUAAUCCAAGAUCAAGAAUGAAGUAUAUCUCCAAACCAUGCUAUUACAGUUCUUAAUUCCGGCAGGAUUCUCAUAUUUAACAGAUGAUUACACUAUACUUUGCCGUCAAUACC